ACGUAUAGAUUAAAAACUCAAAAAAGUAUUGUUGAAUUUAGCGGAAAAGCAGAGGCGUUGGAGUUUCGAGUUUGUGGCGCUGCAUGCAAAUGUUGGCCGGCGGCGGCGUUGGCGGCGUCUGCGGCUCUCGUAUCUCGCUCCGCCUCCGGGAGUGCGACCGCCGCCGCCAUAGCUUAGGGUUUUACUCCUCCACCAUCGCCCGCCUUUCCUCCUGUUCUUGGCCUCUCAAUUUCAUCCCGUGCUCCAAUCGACUUAACCCCCGAACUCUGUCUUCCUCAUCUUCUGAUUCCGUCGCCUAUUCUGAUUCUCCCAUUCUCUCCACCUGCUGCUUCAGCCAAGAGGAAGAUGAUCGUGAUGUUCCCUCCGAAGGAUUGUCCUCGGUUGCAGGCGGAGUUGUUGCACUGGGAAAGUUUGAUGCUCUUCAUAUUGGCCACCGAGAGCUUGCAAUUCAAGCUUCAAAAGUUGGUCCUCCAUUUCUCUUGUCGUUUGUUGGAAUGGCAGAAGUAUUGGGUUGGGAACCCAGGCCUCCAAUAGUUGCCAAAUCUGACAGGAAGCGAGUUCUUUCCUCUUGGGCGCCUUACUGUGGCAACAUGGCCCCUGCCGAGUUUCAGAUUGAAUUUUCAAUUGUUCGACAUCUCUCCCCUCGAGAGUUUGUCAUCAAGUUAUCCAAAGAUCUUGGAGUGCGGGGAGUUGUGGCAGGUGAAAACUACCGAUUUGGAUAUAAAGCUGCUGGUGAUGCAACUGAGCUAGUGAGGUUAUGUAAAGAAUAUGGCAUAGGGGCUUACAUAAUAAAUUCAGUUAUGGACAGGAAUAAGUUGUCCAUGGACAUAUACUCAAGCAAUUCAAAAGAUAGAGGACAAGUCUCAUCUACUCGUGUCCGGCGUGCCCUUGCCGUAGGAGACAUGAAAUAUGUGUCGGAGCUUUUGGGUCGCUGCCAUCGUCUUAUAUUGAAAGCAAAGAAUGAGGAGGUAUUUACUUGGGACAAUCAUAAACUAUCAGCUCCAAAGUCCUGUUUGUUAAAUCUAGCACCAAAGGAGGGUCUAUAUGAGAAGUGUUAUAUAUUUGUUGGUGAGGAACUGAUACAAUGUAGAGUAGUGAUUGAUACAGGUUAUAUCCAUAUAGAACUGGAUGAUGUGAGUGCAUCCAGUAAUUUUGGUACUCAAGACUUGAAGCUGUUACGCAUUGAAUUUGGUUAUUCACUAUCUUGA